UCCUUGUCCAGCUCCUGUUUGUUCAGUGAGCGUUGGUGGUGGAGGCACUGAGGCGGGUGCAGGGUGGUAUGGGCUCGGGAAGACCAGGCUGGGGCACAGCAAGGUGGGGAGAGUCUCCGACCUGUCUCUUGGUUCUGGAGGGGUGGUCCUCCCCUCCCCCUUGCUCAUGAAGGGGAGGACAUUGGAAUCCUGCACCCCUUUCCCUUUUGGCCAACCAGGUAAAGGACAAUGGGAGGGGCAUUUGCGGCCAUGGACCCCCAGGCAGGGAGGAAGCCAGGGGGAAACCAGGCUGUGGAGGAGGAAAGAUCCCUGGGUCCCAGUGGGCUCCUUAUCAGCAGGUGCCAGGCAGGGCCCAUCCCCAGGGUGGGGACAGCAUCUCCCUGGGCCCUGUUACUAGUCUCAGAGUCCACAGGACACAACUCUGGUUAAUGUGUAACCACAUGCUGUCCCCUCUACACCCGAAAGCUCUGGUGCCCACAUGCAGGCCACUCUAGGUCUAGGCCGACAUGGAUGCCCGGAAAGAGGGGCCACCCCGAAAACCUUGCUUCUCAGCUCAACCGCAUGUGGUCAGGUGGCUGAGCCCCUUCUUCCUCACCUGUGCCGUGUACUUCCUCCUCUGGAUCCCUGAGGACCAGCCAUCCUGGGUCGGCGCCCUGGUCAAGUGCCUGCCCAUCCUUUCCCUGGUGGUGUUCCUGUGGACUGUACCCUCCGGCGGGGGCCACCACUUUCUCCUGCAGGGGGCCCUUCUGUGCUCAGCCGUGGGGGACGCCUGCCUCAUCUGGCCUGAGGGCUUCCUCCACGGCAUGGCUGCCUUCACCGUGGCCCACCUGCUCUACCUCUGGGCCUUCGGCCUCACUCCCCUGCAGCCCGGCCUCCUGCUGCGUAUCGUCCUGGCUUGCAUCCUGUGUUACUGCCUCCUGCUUUGGCACCUCCCACCCAACAUGGUCCUGCCCGUGAUGGCUUACUCCCUGGUCCUGUCCGCCAUGCUGUGGCGUGGCCUGGCCAGGGGCGGUAGUGCCAGCUGGGGUGCCCUGCUCUUCGUGCUUUCGGAUGUUGUGCUGGCUUGGAACACCUUUGCCCAGCCCCUGCCCCAUGCCCGCCUGGUGAUCAUGACCACCUACUAUGCCGCCCAGAUGCUCAUCACCCUGUCAGUCUUCCAGGGCCCCAGGCUCAAGUCCACCUGACUGGGGGCCAAGACAGGCAAGUGUCCGCACCCUCCCCUCCUCCAAGGACCUGGGCCCCCAAGACCAGCGAGGCCAGGGAAACACCCUUGGGGGCAAGAGCCAGGCCUGCAGACUCCUGUCUGCGGUACUGGUCUCUGGAGACACAUGGGAACCGUUGGCAGAAAUUCAGAUGCACCACCGAGUUCCCACUCAGUUCUGAUUCCAGAUUCCAGGCCCCUCAAUCAGAUCUACACUGGACCGUCCUCGGCCUCCCGCUUGCCUCUGUGAUCCCAAUGUGCCUCCCCUUCCUUCUGGCCUGGAUCUCUUUCUCUUGCCUAAGUAAAGCGGGCAUUGAAGCUAUGACAUCUGUGUGAUUUGGGG